UACUGGCUUGGUCAGGCUCAGCGAGGACUGCCUUUACCUGAACGUGUGGACAGCCGCUGCCCGCUGGGAGCACGAGAUGGCACCGGUUCUCGUCUGGAUCCACGGCGGCGGCUUCACGAGCGGAUCUGCUUCCUACGAUAACUACUCGGCAGCUAUUUUGGCUGCCAAAACUGGAUGCGUCGUCGCCUCGAUCAAUUACCGACUCGGAAUCUUAGGAUUCCUCAACGCAGACACGCCAGAAGCUCCCGGAAAUAUGGGGCUAAUGGACCAGCGGCUGGCGCUUCUGUGGCUGCGCCAAAACGCUCACGUGUUUGGUGGCGACCCGGCGGUGAUCACAGUAUUCGGCCACAGUGCUGGUGGCAUGAGCAUCCAUAGCCACAUGCUGUCACCUUUUGGCAGGGGCCUCUUCCGCAGGGCGGUCCUGAUGAGCGGCAACAUGGGAGCCCGGGACUUCUUCGAGUCUGUCGAGGAGAGCGUGGCUAAAGGAGCCGCAGUGGCCGCACUCGUAGGCUGUGCCCAGACCACACUUGCUAGCCGGCCGUACGACGUACUCGCCUGCCUGCGUACGAAGCCUUCGGGCGACCUGAUUCGUGCAGCGGCCAGGGCUGUUGCGCCCAAGGUUUUUCCUUUCCUGCCGACCUACCACACGGACUACCUCCCUAGAAUGCCAGUGGCAGCCAUUGCGAAAGGAUUCGUAGCAAACGUCGAUCUCCUGCUUGGUGUCACCGAAAACGAGGGCUCGACGCCAUUCGCGCUCAGAAUGAAAGCUGACAUGCAGGCUGAACGACUGACGGCAGUACCUGAGCCAGUGCUGCGUGCUUCGUUGUACGAUGUAGUUCGCGCCUGGACAAAAGGGGAACAGCUCGAAAUGCUCGAUAUUUACGCGAGACAAGCCAAGGACAAGGAGUCGCUUAGGCAGCAGUACGUAGCUUAUCUCUCGGACAGGUUGUUCGUGUGCCCAGCACACUUUGUUGGCGAGCACCACUCCGCUGGUAACAGCACUGUGUACUUCUAUGUCUUCGCCUUCCCUCCACCCAAGGGAACUCCUUCCUGGAUAGGUAUUGGCCACAGCAUGGAGCUGCCUUAUUUUUUUGGUCACCCCGUCAGCUCUUCACAGCAAGGCGCUGAAAACAGCGAAGAGGUAAUGGACAUGCUGUCAACGUUCGCACACACCGGGGUGCUAAAGCUGCCGUCCGGGAGUCCUUGGCCUCGCUACACUCGUGCCGGUCCGACGACAGUACGGCUUGAUCGCAGCUGGACUGUGGGCAGCUUCCGCCGCCCAGAGUGCAUACCAUGGCUGGAACCCAAGUAGAUUAGAGCACGCUGACAAAAAUGUAGCGCGAAUUCACGUAGAACAUAUCUUUCGGCACUUUCUCGUAGCUGCGUAUAGUGACAGA